UAUCGGUUCGACACCAGCUGCUGCCUGCGAUCGCCCAACGGAUAGUAGUUUAGUCGUACUGCUCGCGCCACUACUCGCGUUGCCGUUGCUCCGUAGUCGCGUACGCGUGCUGUUCGUCGACGUUCGUCCGUCACUCUGUCGCCGUCCUCUCGGCGAAUCUUUUUCUCUCCGCGAUCUGAUUAUUUUCGUAUUUUUCGUUUGUUGUUUCGCGUACACGCGCAAUAGAGAAAUCUAUCGGAGGGCAACAUCGCCCGCCAUGUAAUAGCUCGGUCGUAGCUGGGUAAUAACCGUUGUGAUUAUUGUUCCCGAUACGAAAAAACAUUAUGACUUGAUUGCCGACCGCGUGCGUGUGUUGCGUGUUCUGUGCCCACCCCAACAUAAUAUUGUAUUUUAAUAGUCGCGGUUAUUGUUUCGGACGAUAUUCUGUUGAACAUGCCUUUGUUUAACCGGAAAUCCGCGCAAAAGAUCAAGGAAGACCCCACCGCCGCCGCCGCGGUGCACAAUAACAACAAACAGCACUGCAAUAACGAACACGACGAGCAAGUGCAAAAAAACUUGGUGUUUCACUGUCAACAGGCCCAGGGCAGUCCGACGGGACUGGUGUCCAAUUUCUCCAACGUCCGCGAACUGUACCAGCGGGUGGCCGACUGCUAUGACUUUUCUUCAGACGAAGUAAUAAUAAUAAUAAUAAUAAUAACAACAACAACAAUAGUAAAACCAUACCUAUUGCAUUGCCCGCAAAAUACAAUAUUCUCACCCCGAUAUACUGACAUUGUCGUAUCUCACAGUAUUCAUUUUUAGCUGUAUAUCAUUACGAUACGCAUGCUUUUUUUUAUAUGUAACUUUUCAACCAGUAAUCUGACUCCGAUCAUCAAAUGUAACGUGUUUUUUUUAAAAAAAACAAAACGAGCAUUUCGUCCAGUAGUUCUUGUAAUAUUCACGAAAAUCAGGGGGAAACGUAUAGGGUAAACGGAUGUACGCAUUAACGGUUUCUGUUCCUUCGAUUUUGUUUUUUUGUUGUAAUUCGAUUAAAACUAUAAUCGCGAAGACCUGCAAAUUCAUCGAACACUAAUAUUAGCCCUUUACAUAUGUGGUAAAAUGUUGAAAACGUUUUAACGAUCUGUGAGUCAUUUGUAGGCAUUCGAAACUAUUUAGUUAAUUUUUAGUUUUUAUUUGGUUUUAUGACGACAAAAUGAUUGUUUUAUACUCAGCAGAAGUGCUUGAAUAUUUAAUACGAUGUUCUCCGUAAGUUAUGUUACCACAGUAAGUACUGGCACACCCGUUAAUAGUAUCAACUCUUACUUAUAUUAAUGUGUCGUUAAGUAUUUCUCUCUUAAAAUAAUAUAUUAUACUACCUAUAUUCUAAAGUGUUAUGACCUACCUAUAUAUUUGUUUGUAACGUCACUCGGUGAAAAUCUGUCGGUUUACGUACACGCAUGUACAAAUUUAUUUAAAAAUAUAUAAAAAAAAAAUUGGCGUCUAUGAGUUUCCGGACCGGAAGACUAACUACGCCACUAACUGCGCGUGGUGGCGGAGAGAACAAAUACCGUUCCGGUUAAAGGGACACGGAAAUCAUUGGCCAUAACGCGCGUACCUACCAGUAGGUAAUCCCCCAGCUCUGUGCACCACAACAAUAUACGAACAAUAAUAUAUUAGUACAAUAAUAAUAAUAUGCGAUUUUCACCAGUUGGAAAACACUAUAGGAGAUUUAUGAAUUUCGUAAAAAAACUUUUCAUCGUCACAUACUGUGUGCGUCAUCUGCAACAUUCAAACAGCGCUUUCACAUAAACAUAAUAUUAUCACUACUCGUGAACAUGUCCAUUGUUAUUUUUUUCGGACUUUGGAUUUCUUAUCAAAACGGCCCAUGAACCACAAAUCAUAUAGCCACGGCACAUAAAAUGCACCACUAUAAUAUACUUAUACAUAUAAGUAAAACGUGAGGGCAUAAACCGCCCUCGACUAUUUAUCGAUCAAAUUAUACAUAUUAAAAUAUCAAUAUAAUAAUAUCCUACACAUACAGUAUAACAUUAAGUUACGAAAAUUCUAGAGUCUCAAUUUUAAAACUACUAUAAGUUUUAAGCCUUCUAUAUACUCCAAUGAUUGUAAUCAUUCAACAAAAAUAUAAAAUUAUUUUUGUUGGUACAAAAAUAUGUUUAAAAUUAAGUAAAUUUUGCUUUUUAACACAAAAAAAAUAUCUCUGUGAUUCUUUCUUAUUAGAUUUGACUAUAAAAACAAAUUAUGUACGGUAAAUAAGUAUAUAAAUAAAAAAAUUAUGUAUAAAAAUAAAAAAUAAAUAAAUAAAUAAAUGCGUCGCCUGCAGUAUUAUGAUAGUUGUAUUAUACGACUGGUUUCGUAUUAAAAAUUCAUCAACAACAAGUAUAUCACAGUCAAAAUAUAAAACGCGACAGAUUAUGUAUUUAAUAUCUAAUGACUAUUGACACGCGUAUUGACAGACAUAGGCCCUGUCCGAGUUUAGCCCAAGUCAAAACGUAACCUAGUUGAUUUUAAGAGUUUUAGGUGUUUUACAAAAUAUUAUAUAACCUAUUUGUUGGUUCAAACCCGAUACUGUUCCAAAGGAGUUAUAGUAUCCUAUAAGUGUUUACCUAUAAAACCUAUACUUGCAAGUUGAUAAAAAGUCACCACGGGUUCGGAUAAAGCGGGUAAAUGGAAUAACUUAAUUUACUUGUUGAUUCAAACCCGAUGAAAACCUAUCCAUGCCCAUUGUUAUAUUAUAGAAUAUAAUAUAGAGACCGCUGGUUUUUAUUUCAAAUCCUAUACAUAGGAUACAUACUAUGUUAUGGUAAUAAUAAUUAUUAUUUGUAAUACGACGUUCUUGUUAAACGAUUUGAAUAAUGUAUCAUUAAUAUCGAAUAUUAGUAAAAUACAUAGCGUAUGACGUAAUACGCCUAGCUGAGAGCAAUAGCGCGCAGCCGUUUUAUUAUAAUUUGUGAACGACUCUAUUGAAAUGGAUGUGUUCAUAGUUCCAAUAUAAUAUUUGAAUCAUUUAAGCGCAUCAUAAUAUUUCAUCACACAACAUCGUGUGUCCUCUUUACAAACGAGAAUAACUGAAUACUCGUACAUAUUAUAUAUAAUAAAAUAAAAAAUAAAUAAACAAAAAAUGUAUGUAUAAAAAUAAAAAAUAAAUAAAUGAAUAAAUGCGUCGCCUGGGGUAUUAUGAUAAGUGUAUUAUGCGACCGGUUUCGGAUUAAAAAUACAUCAGGUAUAUCACAGAAAAAAUGUAAAACGUGACUGAAUAUAAAAAAAUGAAAUGAAGAAAUACAUAGAAAAAUAAAAAUUGUACAAAUUGGUCGUUUUACAUAGAAAUAAUUUUUUUUAAUAAGAGAGAUUUUUCUUAAAUUGGUUAUUAUUACACAUAGACAUGUUAAGAACUAUAAAUUAUUUGGUUAUUAUUUAUUAUCUAAAAUGUAUUAAUAUAAUAGAUAUUAUUUUUAAAUUCGGUUUGUACAUUUAAAAUAUUGUUAAAAUUAUUUUUCUUUAUUUCAUUGUUUCUAUGUAAUUCUUCUAAUACUGAAUUAAUGUAAUAAAUGUUAUUUUGGGUGUUUAAUAUCUAUUAGUCUGUAUUAAUAUCAAAGCUUUUAUUAUGGUUAUUUUCUAAAACAUUUAUAGCGAAAUUUGAAUUAGGGGCAGUCUUUUUUAAUUUUAUUUCAGAAAUGUGUUCUUCAUAUUUUAUUUUAAAAUUUUUAUUUGUCUUACCUACAUAUAAUUUAUUACAGUUACAUUUAAGUUUAUAUAUACCAGCAUUUUCAAAAAAGGGGGAUUUUUUGUGAAGUUUUUAGUUCUAUUGUUUAUAUGUUUGAUUAAAUUAUUAUUAGUCUCAAAAGCGAUUUUUAUAUUAUUUGUUCAGAAUUUUAGCGAAUUCGUUAGACACAUCAUUUUGAUAUUUCAUACUACUAUAGUUAACAACAUUAGCGAGUUGUGUAUUAUCUUUUCUUUAAUACGUUUAUGAAUUUUUAAUAGUAUUUAAAUUACAAUUAUUUCUAUGGACUAUAUUAUAGAUAAUAUUGAUCUCAUGUUGAUAAUUACGUUUAUUUUAUGGAAUACGUUCAAGCCUAUAUAAUAUUGAAUUAAAAAAAAAAUAUCAAAAAAUAUUAUUUUUUUUUUUACAUUUUAAUGAUCAUUCAUAAAAGUGCGUGAUACCGACAUGCGCUGUGUCCGUCUUACAUACGUACGAAAGCAAAUACGUUCAGCUGGGACAACUUUGUGCUGUUAGUUUUAAUAGUAUAUUGAAAUGAUAUGAUCUAUUAUCAAACUUAUAAAUGGGAACAUUAUCUAUGCAUGGUGUUAUUUUUUUUCGAUAAUGAAAAAUUAUCAUAAGCACAAUUAAAAUUAUUUACCAGUAAAAUAAAUAUAUUUCCAUUUCCGACUUAGGUAUCCUGUAGUAUAGUACCGUAAUCCGGGUUCAAAACUGAAAUCCGUCGAACACAAUAGUCUAAAUCGACUAAAAUAUACAUUCAUACUAAUUAUAAUAAUUAUAUUAUAAAUUAUAUACCUACUGUUUAAAAUUACAAUCUUGUAAGUACUUUCCGGUAAAACUGACUUAUUCGAUCGUUUCUAAACAAUAUACCUAUAAUAAUAAUAUGAUAUUUUUCUAGAAGUUCAACUAUAAAGCCGUUGUUAAAAUAAUAACUAUAAUAAGUAUAAUGAUAUACAUUGCUAUUCUAAAAGUUGCACGACUAGUUAUUAGUUAUAUACCAUAUUUGUUAAAGUCAAUAUAAAUCUUCACAUUUCUUUUUGUCAUUAUAGCCGGUGGAUAUACGGGUACUAGGUAGGUAUAACUUUUAUUUUCGCAUUGCUGUAGUAUUUAUAAUCACUUCGCUUUAACACAUUCUACUCGUCUUGUUAAUGGCGAUACUGUCAAACAAGAUGAAACGUUGGAUUGAUUCUAGGUCGAGUUUGAAAUAUUCACGGUGGCGUGUAUAGAAAGUUGUAAAAAAAUUGUUACCUAUAAAUUAUCAUCGAUUAACGUAUAUUUUUUAACACGGUAUACAUAUUUUUUUUUUUAGAUUGUAAAAACCAUAAUAUAUGUAUAUAAUGUGAUCCUAUUCAUGUAUACCUAUUACUUAUGCACGUAUAUUAUCUACCAUUACUGUAAUAGUCAAAUUUUGUUGAAAAUAUAUUUUAUAGAUACCUAUACGCAAGUAAUCAAUUGAAAAAAAUACAAUAUUGUAAUAUACCAGGUAAAAUUAAUAUUAUAAUAUUCUUAUAAAAAGGAGGAUUUAUUUUUUUCUCGUAGGUAUAGAUAGUAAAAUAAUAAUUACAUUUUUUUUUAGUCAUAAUAAUGAUUUGAAGUCUAUACAAAACCGAAAUGAUAUAUUAUUACUACUUCUACGGGGAAAAUAAUUAACAUUUUUAUUAGGUAUAUUAAUUAGGCAUUCGAAAGUGUAAACAUAUAAAGGUAUAAUAUUAGGUGUACAAAAAGAGUUUAAAAUAUUAUAACGUAAUAGGUAAAAUAUUUUAUGAUUUUAAACACAAUAGGUCAGUGUGCAUUAUUCAAAUUUUAUAUGAAUAGCCAUAGGUUAGGUUAGUAUUUAUUUUCAGUGCCAAAAUAUUAUUAUAUUGUUGUACAUUGAAAAUGUUAAACAUUGGGUGACAUGGCAUUUAAGAACGUAUAACCUAAUGUCAGAUUUAUUAUUUAACUUUUCUUUUUUUUUUUUAACCUACUUUGAUUAGAUAUACAAGGUGAUUUUUAAGUAUGCUCGCCGUAUUUUUAUAGUUAGAUUAUGCAUAAAUUCUAAUUCUAAUUUUUGGAAUUUUUAAAUGUAGUGAAAGAUAAUACUUUCGCAUACUUAGAUUUUCCACAUCAUUUAAGGAGUAAAGUAGUAUACUAUGGCGAUACUAAUUUUGGUUUUUAAAAUGAGAAUCUAUUUGUUUUGUUAAGUACAAAUUGUUAAUCAGAUGAUUUUUCAGAAAAUAUUGAUGUACUCGUAUUGUUAUUGAAAUUUGAACGAAAAGUUUCUGAGUUAUUUUACUUUACUAAAUACUUUACUUUUACUAAGAAUAAUAUAGUCUUUUAUGGGAAUUGGAUACCAACCGUUUCAUAGGGGUUUAUAGGCAAUUUCUUGCUUUGAAUCGUGGAGUUAUCAAAAUAUCUUCAUUAAUAUAAAUAGCAAUAAACAUCUUACAUUUCUAGUUGCCUAGAGGUCCUCCAAAUUUUGUUACCGACGUGCAAAAAAAUCUGAAAUACAGCCUUUGAGGUACCCUCUUAUCGCGCCAUGAUUCAUCUCUAAAAAAAAGUACCCAUCUCAAACAAAACAUAAAGAUACAGAUUUAAUAUAAUGUUCUGCUGUAAUGUAUGCAUUAUUACUAUUUAAUUUUACAGUAGUACAUAAUUUGUGUCAUUUGUGUUUAAUAAAAUAUCAAUAAACCUAUAGGUAUGAUAUUUUUCUUAAAUGGGGGCGAUAUCAAAAGUAUACUUCUAAAAGAAAAAAAAAGAACAAAAUUCGUCAAUAUAUAAAAGGAUAUAUUAUGAAUAUAUUAUGAUUGCCCUGCAAAAGCGCCAACCAUUAUUCAAUAAUUACAUUACCUUCAUUUCAUUUUACUCCAGCCAAGUUAUUUCAUUAUAUUAGAGUCCAUAAUUAUUUAAUUUUAAGUAUUUAUUACACGUUAAUUCUACCGUAAUUUUAUAAUUAUAAUGUUGUAUUAAUAACUUUCAAUUUAGUUGUUUAAAUGUGGUUUAUACCUACUUCUUGCCUACUAUAGAUUACUUGAUUCAAAUAAUAAUUACUAAGUAUCUACUAUGAUUAUUGCUUUAAGAAAAAAAAAAAAAAUCAUAUCAUAACCAUCAGUGAUCUUCAGUAAUCGAAAUAUAAUAAAUAUAUUCAUUAUAAAUGUAUACCUAUAUUAUUAGUAUAAUUAUUAAUCAAUUAAAUUAAAUGUAAUUGUUCUUAUUUUACUAUACUGCAACCCAUAACCAAUACAAUUUAUUUCAAUGUCUUACACUAAACGGAUAUAGGUACCCAAUAUAAUUACACAAUGUCCAUGCAUACCUAACGGAUAUUAAAUUAGUUAAGUAAAUAUUAUAAUAAUAAAUCAUAAAAUUAUUUUUUAAAAAUAAAAAGUAAAAUUAUAUUAGUUUUGUAUGUUCAAAUCUUGCACCUAAAUACUUUUUAGAAAUCUAGGUAUUCCGUUCACGAAAAAAAAGAUUUUUUUUACUAGUGAAUGUGACAGGUAGGUAAUAUAAAAAGAUGACGUAUACAUAUACCUAUGUAAAAUUUUGUUAUGUUUUAUGUAUUACACGAAUAAAAAAUAAUAUAAAAAUGUUACCAAACUUUCUAGACAUUGAUUUACUUAAACAUUUUUUUUUUUUUUGUGGCUUAUAUAUCCAGACUUAUUUCGUACAACUUAUAUCUUUUAAUAUUAUGGACUUCAAUGGAAUAAAUUGAUUAUUGUUAUUAGAUUUAUCUAUGUUAUUUUAAUCGUAAUCUAAAAUUCUGACGAGUAGUUAUGGUAUAAGUUGGUUUAGAAUUACUUUUGAAACAUCUCGAGUAAAAAUCAUAAUAUUAUUCAUUAACAAAUAAACAAAGUACCUAUACAAUAUACCGUAUUUUUGUUUUCUAUUUUAUUUAGGUUUAUUCGAUGCCAUCAACCUCAUAUUAAACAUUAGACCGGUAUAAUGUCCACAGUUAUUGUUGUUAAUCAUAUUAAGUAUUAAAUAUCGAGAUAAACAACGAAUAAAUAUGAAUACAUAAUUAAAAGAAUAAUUAUUAUAUAGUCUUAAUAAAAUGUAGUUAAUCACGUUUAUAUUAUUAAAGUUUUUCACAUUUCACAUUUAGUAGGGCUGAAUUUCGAUUUUUCUUUCCGGAAGGGAGGUGUCCAAAAUAAUAAUCAAUAAGUAUAAUUAAAUUAAUAAAAUCUAUAUUUGACAUAUUAUGUUACAAGUAUAGUUGGCUUUUAAUAUUUUUAAGAUUGAACAAAAAUAUGGGAAACUAAAUUAAAAGUUGAAAUUAAAGCAUACAUAAAUACUAAUUAUAAUACUUUAUACAUAUUUUAAACUAUUUGAUAGUAAUAAUAAACUUCUAUUUUUUUGAUAGUUUUGCAUGAUCCAUUAUAAAAUUGAAAAUAGUCUUAUCUGUUAAUUGUCCCGCAAUUUGCGACUGCCGACCGGUCGUAGAGAGAAAUCCAGAAUCUAGAGACAAAUUAAUCUUUGUCAAUAUCAAAUAUUAAACUUACCCAAUAACACCAAGCAUCGUUCUUUAAAAUAUGUAUAACAAAAAGAAGGUUUAAGGCUGAGGUAUAAGGUAUUCAAAAGAAAAAAUCAUAUUGUCAUUACUAACAUACAAAAUCCGAAUCCCACGGACCCUCAUGGUCUGGCAUAUUAGAUACAUAAUAUAUAUAUACAAUAUUAUCUGAUCUGACAAUGAUUUGCUACUGCUAGAUAAUAGUAUAAAUAAUAGUGAUAAUAAUAAUAGUUUUCUUAUCUAUGACAACCAUAUUUGUCAUCCAUGCACCAAGGUAACCCAUGAAUAAACAAAAAUAAAUAUAUGAAUAAACAACUAUAGAUAUUCGAACCAAAAAUACCUAAACACCCCUAUUUUACUCCCUUGGGAUAGAAUUUUCAAAAAUCCUUUCUUAGCGGAUACCUUCGUUAUAAUAGCUAUUUGUAUGCCGACCUUCAAUUCGUCCAGUGGUUUGAAAUAGGCGAAUAUGAAUCAGUCAGUCGGUCAGGGCAUGUUAUUAUAUAUGUAUAUAUAAUAUACACCUAGAUAAAUAACAUAAUGAGAUUAAAAAUAAAACUAAUCUAUUAUUUUGUAUUGAUUUUCUCGUACAUAUUUAUACAAAAUACAAAUAAUACAAUUUGCUGAUAUUGUAUUUUCUUUAUCAUUUAUUUAACUGAGAAAUCAAUUUGAUGCUCUUACUUAAUUAUUAUUAUUUGUUAUACUUAUUUGAAUUUAUCAACAUAUUAAUUAUUUGCAUGCACUAUUUAGCAGAAACUAUGUAACAGAAAAUUAAUAUCACUAAACUAACCUCAGCUGAUCAUAGUUCAAAUUCGAUGUAAGCAUUUUUUUUGUCUAAAUGGCUACACGGUAACAAUUACUUGAGUAUAAUUUAAAGUUAUAUACGAUAUAGAUACACAUAUUAUAUGCAAUUCCGUACCUAACAACAUUAUGUUGAACUUGUAUACUUCAUAAUUAUCUGAGGUUCAUAAUACCUAUAUGUAUGUAUGUAUGUAUGUAUGUAUGUAUGUAUGUAUGUAGUGUUAUGCAAGUUGGUAUAUUUUUGUAUUAUAAAUGUGAUAUUUAUUAUCCACGGAAGUGUAAGGUUAAGUUAGAUUUCUACGAACAUUUUGAACUGAAUUAUAACAAAAUUUAAAAUAAUAAAACCAUUAUUAUCAUACAUUUUCCCGUUUUUCCCGUUAAUUAUGGAAACUGAUUGGAAAAUCAAAACAUAACUCUUCAAAAAAUAUUAACUAGAUAAUAUUCGCUGUUAGGAAAAGUGUUACGAUUGAUACAUCGGAGCAAGAUGUAAGGUUAUAAUUUUGUACAUAAUAUUAAAAAAAAAAUCAUUGUAAAACCAGUAUAUUUCUCGCUCCGCUUAGAAUCUAAAAUAUUCGAAAGAAUUGAAAUUGCAGUUUAUUACAACAAUAUUUCAUAAGUAUAGGAUAAUCUUAAUUUCUAAAUACACAACAGCAAAUAGUAUAGUUUUUUUUAGAUAUAUAAUAGCAUAUAAUAGUAUAAUAGAUGUAUAAUAAUUACAAACUAACCAUUUAUUAUCACCAUUUAUACAACCUAUUUGCCUACAUACAUAUAAUGUAAUGAUUUAUUUGACAGUUGUAAUAUUUGCGAUGCAAAUAUAUUUCCAAGUUCAGAACACAUCACCUACCUACCAGACACCAGUCACUGCUACGUAAUAGAUAAAUAAUAUUUUAUAGUUUUAUAUUAUGUUACGUACCUAUCCGUGGUAUUGUACUAAUAGGUUUUAAAUAUUGAUGCGCGACAAUGGAAUUUAUUUCAUAAUUUGUUUCCAUAAAAUCUCAAUCUGCUAUCUUUAUAUCUGAACAUAUGCGUAUAAGAAUGUUUUCAAAAUUGGAGAAAUUAACCAAUUUUUUUUAAAUAGUUAAGGUAUUCUGAAAAAAAAAAAAUUACUAAACUAAGUUAAAUUUUAUUUUCAAAUUUAAAUGAAUAUGAGUAGCAAAAUAAGUAUACACAUUUUCAGAAAAAUGAUAAAUUUUAAAGUUACUUUUUUAAAAUAACCCUUCGCUGCAUACUCAUAAACGUAUUUUUUACUUUUAAUAUUAAGAAUUUUAUAGACUAUCCCAUAUUUCUGUAUAGGCGCCGUGUGCCCAUCUUGUGUGAUAAAAUAUCGGUAUUUACGUAAAAAUACGUAAUUUUCUAGAAAAAAAAUUCAUAAUUAAUAACUUUUCAAAAAUAACUAUAUUUUAACGAAAUAACUAAGUUAUUUUCUAAUAAUAAAUAUUUUUUUAACUAAUGAUGAAACUUAUCUUGUGUAACUUAAAUUUUAACUUUUUUAUUAGUUAUACUACUAGUUCAGUUUCGAGAAUUAUAGGUGCAUAGGUAUACGUAUACUAUAUUCAAGUAAAAAUUAAUUUUGGUUAUAGAAUACAUUUUGUGAAUAAAUUAAAUUAUGUAAUAUAAUAUAUGGACACGGCAAACCUAAUAUAACUAUAAUAAAAAACCGAAAUGAAACGUACAUUUGUAUAAUGAUACUAUGUUGAUUAAUAUAUAAUAUAGGCAGGCGUACUGGGUACCUCUUAUGUAUGUUGUAUAAUGUAUACGGCUCCAUAGUGCCAGAGACCGUGAUACACGGUUUGUGAUUUUUAAAACCGAUCAUUAUCAACUUGUGCAGAAUACUUUUGUGCUGGCUAGUGGUUACCUAUAUAAUAUGGUACCCGCACUCCGCAGUAAUAGUUAAUUAGAACGUAUACAGGUACGUAUACAUUAUUGUGUAUCCUCAUUUCGGAAACAAAAAAAAAUGCGAUGUUACAGUAUAUAAAACAGGACCUGCAGAUCUGUAUAGAGAAUGUCAGAUGAUGGCAACGUAUUAUUAUUAUAUUAUGUGCGCACUCAUUGAUGGAAACCAAACUCUUAAAUUAUGUAUAUGUACAUAUAUUAUAUAGCGCCCGUAACCUAAUUGAUAAUUUAAAUAUUUCAUGUAUACCGCCGAACGGUCAAUAAUACAAUAUAGGUCAAGUGAUUGAAGUUAAAAGUUGUUGUUAAUUUAGCAACGUUUAAGAAAGACGUUAUUUAAACAAAAUAUAGAAUUGAAUUAAUUUAUAACAGUUAACGUUUAUAUUUUUUUGCAUUAGAAUACGAAUUUAAUUUUACAUUUUAAAAAAAUACUAUCGUGUAUAAUAUAGGGUACCUAUUCUGGUUUAAAACUUUUAUAAACAGAGCUUCAAACCAGUUUCUGAAUUAACUGGUUAUAUAUAUAUAUAUAUAUUGUAUAGAAAAAUUUACCUAUAAUACACGAACAAAACCACAAUUUAUACUUUUAAUAAAAAAAAAAAAGAGUUGAUAAAAAAAAAAUUGAAAAACGAACGCCGGUCAUUAACCGAAAAAAAUUAUUUCUGUUUGAUGCUCUGUUUUUAAGUGAGAUCCAGAGUUUAUGAUUGAAUCAACGGUUGAUUUCUAUACACUAUACGACUGUUUUAGAAAUCUUCACGCGGCGAUAUACCGACAAUUGUACAGAAAUGAGAUUGUAAAAUUUUUCGUUGAUGAAAAUUGAUAAUAAAAGUUAUUAUGAUAGCGACCAACUGUUCUCAUCCAAAUCGUUUUAAUUACUUAUUAUAUACUUAGUAGAUAGUAUGUAUAGAUAUCAUAAAAUUUGUAUAUACCUAUAUUGUAUAGUAAUUUAAAUUUAACGCAAAAUUAUGUAAAAUAUUAACACUACUGAUAUUAUUUGUGAUGCAAAUUAUAUCAAUUUUAUAAAUUAAUUGGCAUUAUCGAAUAAUAUUAAUAAUAAUAAUAAUAGAAAAAAAAAAAUGGCAGGUAUAGGUAGAAAUUAAAUAAAAGGAAUUGGCGAAAUGAGAUUAUUACGUGAUUUCGUGGUUAAUUAGUUUACGUAGUUUUAGUUUAGUUCAUUACGUAGGUAUUUAGUUUCCAUUUAUUUUUUACGGAUCGAGAAAAUUGAGAGAGGAAAUAAAAUAUAUAAUUAUCAAACCAGAACGUAAUGACCAGCAAUAAUAUUUAACGAAAAUAAUAAGAAUUCUAAAAAUGUAUUAAUAUAUAUAUAUAUAUAUAUAUACCGUUGUAAUGAACGAUUAAAAAAUGUAACUUUAUAACGUUAAAUUUUUUUGACAUAAAUAUAUAGACAAAUAAAGAUACAAUAAGAAGGUUAUACUCGAUGUAAAUAAUAGAAUUUUCAUUUUUUUUGUUUUAACGAAAUAAAACGUUACUUACCUAUAUUGUAUUCUUAUAUAUAUAUAUUUGUCAAUUAUUAAAUAUUUAUGUAUGUUUAAUUUUUAGAAUGAUAUUAAAAAAACCGUGACGUGGAGGAUAAAGUUUAUGAUCGGUUAUACAAUUUAACAUCGAAAAUAUAUAACAACGAAACCACAAUUGAGGUAUUGUUAAAUGGCAUGAGUCAUUCAUUGUAUAAAAGAAGAAAAAAAAGCUAUAAUAAUGGUAGGUAAUAACGUAAUGACAAUUUUCAAAUAGAUAAAUAACAACGAAAUCAACAUUUUUUAACGUUUAUCGAAAUUAACUACCGGGUGUUGAGAUCUAAAGCCAUGCGAUUUGAGAUGAAUUCAUGCCUUGGGUUUGAGAAAUCGAAAUUGUAAGUGAACAACCUCUAAACGAUUUUGGAAUUAAAGACAGAGAUCUGAAGAAAUAACGAAAUUUUCAACGGCCGAAUAAUUCAAAUGCCGAGCUACUUCAGAAGGCCAUAAAAUGCCGAAUAAUAUUUUUCAUGUACAAAUCGGAGAUAUCGUAUUUUUUUUAUCCAAUUAAAACUGUUAAGCCCACGGUUACAAUUUUAAAUAAAAUAACAAAAUUUAAAAUAUGGCAAUACCAUGAUCGGAAUUAUAAUUUCUAAAUUCUAAUGAAAAAAUUGCACAAAAAUCCGCAGUAGUGCCCAACAAAAUAACUAAAUUAAAAAUAACACAGAAAUCGUAAUUGCGAAAAGUUGUCCAACUUUUUAAGAAAAAAAAUGACCUUCGCGAUGCACCGACUAGACGCAAUUUACUGUCAGAAAUGAAAUCCCCCCCCCUCCUUUGAAGUUGAUGAUGGUCGGAGAAUAAUUUCCGGUAAAAAGUAUUGUUAAUAACUGACACACGCUCACCAUAACAAUCAAAACAUUCCUAGCUUCGUUCGGAAUCUAACACUGUAAUAUUAACGUAUUAAGUUCAUUCGUAAUAAUUUCCGUGUAAUAUAAUUGAUGUAGGUGUAUAAAAGUACUGGACACGUCAUAGGUACCUGUUCACAAAUGAUAAUCUCAACGCAAUAAUCUGUGACACAAACAUUCAUGGAAUGAGGAAUAAUUCUAUUUGUAAGAUUACAUGAGUUUAUCUCUACCUAGCCAUUGCAUUUUGCUCAACAUGUCUAUGUAUGUUAGGUAGAUAUUAGACGACUAGUUUAGUUGCACCUAGGUGGCUAGGUGUCGUAAAUUAUACACUCAACAGUCAACAUAUUAUAAUUUACCUACUUACAAUAAUAUUGCAACACGGCUGCAGCCAUACCUACGUGUAUAUUCGACGUAAACAUUUUAUCUUUUCACCUAGCUAUUUAAUAUAAUUUUAUCAUUUUGCAAAUACCUAUACUUAUUGUGUUAAGUUGUAGCACGCGUUUUAAUUUUUUCUUUUAAUUAUAUAAGAUGAUUUAAACAUAUAUAGGUAGAUAUUAUAGUGUUCCUAUAGACAACCUAACCUAGGUAUAUACUAUCUAGAAUAUUUUGAUAAUUUUUAAUUAUCUUGGAAACCAAAAGUAAACAAUAUCUAAAUAUCUUGGAUACACGACCUUGCGCAGAUAGAUACCGGGAGCCGUAAUCGAUUCCAAGGUUGUACAAAUGAAUCUAUAAAACAAAAAUUAUACUAAGUACCACACUACCACCUAGGUUAAUAGAUAUCGGGCAUAGAUUAGAGAUGUCGAUUACUGUUGAAAUAUUAGUACCUUCUUGGCUUAUGUAAACUAAUUAAUCAGCGGAAUGGGGGGGGGGUUAUAAUAAUAACGGGUAUUUAUUAAAAAUAAAUAAUCAUAAUAAUAAAUAUAUAUCGUGAGAUGUUCUAAACUAAACUUUACAAUAUAAUGUGCUUUGCAUAUAAACUUUGCCAUAUAAAUUGAAUUGUAGGUAUAAAAUAAAAAUAACAGGUAGGUAAAUCUAUCCAGACAUGAUAAGGCUCUCAAUAUGAGAUUUAUAGUUCGAGGAAAAAUUACGAUGACCUUGUAACAAGGUGAAACGCUUAUUGAUAUUACUCAUUGGCCUUGGCCAAGUUUACUUGAUCGUAAUAUAAUUUACUGAAACUGAAAUAAGUUAGGUGCCUAUGUAAAACGAUACUGGAACAAAAGCAUGUUUUAAUAGAAAUGCAUUUGACAGUUGUUUAUUUUAUUUGUUCAAUUACAAAUAGAAAUAAAGAAAAGUGGGUAGGUACGUAUAUGGGCAUUUAAAAUUAAAUUUACGAUUUCAUUCGUUUUCAUCCGUACGGAUAAUAUUCUUAUCAUAAAUAUCUACUUAGACUUUAGAGGCCAAAUUGUGAUUGUUUAAUUCUUAUAGGUAGUCAUCAUAUAUCUAUGCAACCUAUCUACCUACGUAUUGUUUGUCAGUCGACAAUUAUAAGAAGCAACCAACCGAACAACAUUUUGGUAGAUUUAACUAUUUAUUUUAUCAAUGAGAAAUUUCCUACCUUAAAAUACCUUCAUCUAACUAUUGUUGUAUAACGAAAUACGCAACUAAGAUUCAUCUGUAACGGUUUGAAACUAUAAAUAUAGACAUACCUAAGUAGCAUUCAGAAUCACAUUAAAUGAAAUUAUAUUCAAAUAACGCGUUAAAAAAGAAAAUCCGUUACAUGUAAUCAAACUUAUUAUGUAAGAUAAAAUCAAUACCUAUUAUACUUUGGCACCAAUAAUGGGCAAUGUUUAUUGAAAACAUUAUAAUAGUUUGUCAGGUUUGUAUACACUUAUAAGUUAUAACAUUAGUAAUUAGUACUCAAAAUAAUUGAAAAAUGAAAAACCUAUAAUUUUUUUACGAUGUUUUGUAAUAAAAGUUAUUGUACCUAUGUAUUAAUUAGGUUUAAAAUUAAAUAGAUAGGUACCAUUUGAAAAUUGUAAAAUUGUAUUCUAUAGAAACAUGUGCCAGGACAAGAUAAUGAAGUUCGCGAGACUUAUAAGUAAAAUGUAAAGUUUUACCAAAUACCAAAUAAAUAAAUUAGUAGGAAUUUAAUUAGUAAUUAGGUAUUAACCUAUUUAAUCGAUUGAAAAUUAUGUAUUUUUGUUACAGAUAUUGUUUUGUACAUUGAAUACUCAUAAAAUCGACAUGACUAAACUUCUGGGCAGUCAAAUCGGUCUAGAUGAUUUUAUAUUUGUACAUCGUAAAGGUAUGUCAAGAAAAUUUUGGAUAGUAUCAACCUAUAUCUAACAAUGUUGUUAUUUUUUAAUUAUUAGGCAGACCAAAAGAAAUCGAAAUUGCAAAGACAAACGAGGCACUCGGGUUAACUAUCACGGAUAACGGUUCAGGAUACUGUUUCAUUAAACGUAUUAAAGAAAAUAGCAUAAUUGACAACAUAUCAUAUAUAAAUGUAAGUUUUCCCGAACAAAAAAUAUUUUGUAUAAAACCAAUUGUAUCAUAAAUGUCAUACAAUUAUACUAAUACCCAAUCCUAAGAAUAAAAAUACACCUAAUUCAGUUGAUAAAUAUAUAUAUAAAAAAAAAUGGGUUUUUUCGAUGAUAAUUUAAACCAAAAACCAUAAAAUAGGUACCUAAUGUGCUUAAAAACAGAAAUAAAGCUAAAAUACGCAAUCAUAAAAAAUCGGAAAAUAUGCAAAGUAUCUAGAUGUAAAUAGGUAUUUUUAAUAAUAACUACACAUUUGCAUCACAAAAUGUAGGUAUGUUUAUCUUUCUUUAAUUCUUUCAUAGAAUUCUUUAAUAACCUAUAUGACAAUCUAAAAAAAAACCAUGAUACAUAGAUACAUAUGUAAUAUAAUAAGGAACUCUAAUAAAUUAUCACUAUUCAUGAAAAUGUAUUUAAAUAAUAUUUAUUAUGUAUAAUAGGUAGGUGAUCAUAUUGAAAAAAUAGACAAUGAAACUAUGGUAGGCAGAAGACACUAUGAAGUUGCCAAAUUGUUAAAAGACAUACCAAAAGGAUCCGUUUUCACAUUGCGAUUAAUAGAGCCUAUAAAAGCUGGAUUUUGUACGUAGAUUUUAUUUAAAAAAACCACACAUCCUUCGAAUAAACUAAAUAAUUAACAUAUUACCUAAUUAUAUGUUUUUAUUUUAUUAGCAAAUAUCGAGGCAAGAGGUUCAAAACGUGGAAAGAAUUUGUAUGGUAAUGGAAAAGAGACAUUACGAUUUAAAGCCAAUGGUGCAGCUGAGAUUCAUAAAGAGGUAAAAUAUAAAUCUAAAUUUUAAAUUCUUACUAUAGCAAGGGAUCUUCUAUUUGUUUUACUAUGAUAUGAGAUUUUUUUUCUGUGAGCAACUUUCAACCAGAAAUCGAGAAAUUCGCAGUAAUCGAAAAAUGACAAAAUAAUUUUUUUUUGUAGCAUUUUUAAUCUAAUAAUUGGUGAAUAUUAAAGUCAUUUUUUGAUUUUCCUAAUAAUUGUGAAAAACAGGAAAAGCACGCAAAAUGAAAAAUGACAAAUUUUUCAGUAUAAAUAGGUAAAUUUUUUUUACCAGAAAUAUUGCUUAAAACAAAAAAUUUAAGUAGCCUUUUUAGUUUAAUUUUUAAUCUAGUUAAUGAGUAAGUUGUUUUUUUUUUUAAUUUUCUUAACUAUUGAGCAAAACUAAGAAAAAACAGAAAGAACAGAAAAAUCUUUUACAGAAAUAAUUUCUUUAUUUUCAAUUUUUUUUUUUUGUAAUUCAGUUAACAAUAUUCAUAGAGACAUGAAAUUUUCGACAGAAAACUCAUAUUGUCCUUUUCUAGACAUGGUACUUAAAAUUUUUAAAAUAUCCUGAAAAUAUUUCUCGAGCUAUUUUACUAUAUAUAAAUAUUAUUUAUUUAUUUAUUUAUGUAUAAUUUAAAUACAAGUUAUUUUACAUUUUCCAGUCUUUCUUUAGUAGGUAGGUUAGGUUAGGUUUGUGGAUCUAAUUUUUUGAUCAAACAGAAAUGCUUGACAAUUUAACAAGGUUUAUUAUAAGUUGUACAUUGUGAUAAAGAAAAGUUAAAAGCGCAAUGUAAUUUUUUUUUAUAAUUGUUUUAACAUCAAAUAUUGAUGAAAACUGUCAGUAUUACAGCAUUUUACAACGUAUAGUUGAAUUUCGUUUAGAAUUUUAUUCCAUUAUUAUUGGUUUAUUGUUGCUUACAAAUUUAAAUUAAAUAAUUUUGUUUUACCUUCCCACCCAGUAACAUAGCAAACUACUGUUUUGAAUUUUAUAGGGUGAUUGGAUGAGUUUUUUUUUAUGAAAUUUGAAUGAUUAGGAGACACGUUGCUAAACGUACAUGUAGUUAUUAAUUAGCCGUAGGUACAAAUUACUGGAUUGGAGUGGGUAGUGGUUGUAAAAAAUAAUUUACUUUUAUAUUAUUUAAUGUUUGCAGUGCCAUUAUUUUAACUUUAAAAAUGUGUACAGCUAUUUUAAAAAAAAUAUGAAUUAAUAUUUAAAACAAUUUAUUAGAACGAUGAGUCACAGAAAGGUAUUGCCAAAAUCAAUCAACUACUUGAAAACUUGUUGGGUAUCAGUGACGUCGAGCUUGGUAUUUUUAUUUUUAUUAUUAAUAUUGUUAUUUUUUUAACAAGUAAAUCAGUAACUUAUUGUACCUACUGUUUUUUUUUAUUCAUGCAGCCACACAGAUCUGGGAGAAAGGAGAAGAUAAACUGAAUAGCAUGGAUUUUGCCGAAGCUGUCGACAAUUCUGAUUUAGAUGAAUUAGGAUUCACAGAUGAUUUUAUUAUUGAACUCUGGGGUGUCAUAACAGAUGCUAGAGCAGGCCGUUUGAAAAAUUAAUUGUCUGCCUAUAAUAUGUAAUCUUAUAAUGUGUCUAUUAGUAAUUAGUUUAUAUUGUAUAUUUUGUACUGAUAGUUUAAUAAAAAUGUAUUUUGAAAUUAUAAGUACAUUUAUAAGCGAGAUUUAUUCGAGACUAUUCUAAGAAUAUUAAAUGUAAUAAAUUAUUAUAUUUGUAUAAUAUAUAUCAGUUCUUAUGUGCAUGAAAUAUGAUAAUAUAAGACAUAUAGGUACUCAUUUUCAUAGCAAAACUAGAAAUGCAAUUUUGGAAGUGCUAUACAAUUAUUUGUUAUUUGUUUAGCUUCCAAAAUAUAAAUAGUGUUAAUACAAACAAUUGCCUGUUUUAAAUUUGAUUCAGUGGCACUAAGAUAACUCUCUUGAGACUCAAAUACGGUUGAUUGAACACUCUUUCUAAUAUACAUUAGCUUGUAAAAAGUACUACAAUCUAGAAUUUGAAAACUUUUUUAAUACUUAGAAAAUAAGCCCUUUGAUCUCAAAGAUACAGAAAUCUUAUCAGCUGUUCAGAUUUGUUUUCUAUCAAAGAUGGCAUUAAAUUAAAGAUUGGCACUAUGUUAUUAUAUUUCUUUUAACGUUAAAUUUAAGUCUGCUUCAGUGCAUAGAUUAUUUAAUUAAUUUGUUUAUUAUUUAAAUAAUUAUUUGUGUACAAUAUUUGUUUUAAUUUAAUUAAUUUUUUCUGUAAAUAUGAUGAAUGAUGAUUUAUUAUCCUAGUUUUUUGUAAGUCAAAAAAACUAAGUUACCUACUUGAAAUUGUUUUUAUUAUAUAUACCUACUUGAUAAUUUUACUUUUUUUUUAAAGUAGGAUAUUAAAAUUUUUUUAAAAAAUACAAUGUUUAAAUGAAAAUAUAAUAUUGCAGUAUAUAAGUAUAGUUAUGUCACCAUAUGGGGUAACUAAUUCACUCCAAUAUGGAAUUUUUUGUGAAAAUAAUGUAUCGAGAUGAGAAAAUGAGAACUAUUACAGUAGCAAUACUUCAAAAGAAAUGUUAAGUGUUACCUACUGUAAAGAUAUGCUUAAUAAAUAAUUAAUUUACAUUGCUUACUUACAAAUAAUACAAAUAUAAUAAAUAUAUUUUACAUUCCUUAGCAUUUUAACAAAAAUAGAGUUAUAAAAUAUUUUAAUGUUUAUUAUCCUUAUAACCUAUCUGCGGUUUAGAUGAAUUAUUGGUUAUCUUUAGUAGAAGUACUUUGUAAAAGCUUCAGGAUUGCAACUCGGAAUUUAAUUUUUUGAUCUCUGUUUAAUGUUUUAACCAUAGGUAAUGUUGAUUUAUAAAAGUUAAGGUCUUCAUCAUCAGUAUCUCUAUUUAUUCUUUGUAUUUGUUCAGUACAGCUUUGUUUUAUUGAGUCCAAUAAUAAAUCAAUUUUUGUUUCCAAGUUAGUUUCCUUUUUAAUUUGAUUAGGUGGAGGAACCAAUGUGUUUUCUAUAUCGUUUUCAAUUUUAAUUUUAUCAUUUAAAAUCACAUCAUCAGACAAUUGUGUUUUUUCAACAAUUUCAUGUAUCAAAUCAGAUUUUAUACUGCUCGUAGUCGGUAGAAUACACAUAUUGUCUUUGGAACUUGUCCAUUUUGAUGCAAGAUUGUGCACUGUGAAAAAAAAAAAUUAGUUUUAAUUUUAGUUAUUUAGUUCUGGAUUUAAUUAAAUUCCUAAAUGUUUUGUGUAUUAAAAAUCUGC